AUGGGAAUCCUGAAAGGUUACACAACAAAAAGGUUACUACCACGUCGUUUUGACCGCUGGAAGAUCCACAGUAAAAUAGUGCUGCCAUGUCUAACCAUGACCAUAUUUCUGAACACUCUCUACGGAAUUUACUGGGGUCGCUUCAGCUUCAAGCGUUCCAAGUUUAUAAUCUCAAAGCCGGUGGCUGUGUACAGCAUUUUGGUGGGCUUGAGCUUUGCCGUUUACUACGUGCGGCAGGUGUAUGAAGAGUUCACCAGUGGCCGCAUCACCAGCAGGGAUACCAUUAAGAUAUACUGCUACAUGAAUGUCUGCGUUUGCCUGCUCAACUAUGUCACACAGUGGGCCAUCGCGGGACCUAUUGUACGUUUCCAGAACAGUGUUCCCCUCUUUCCUGUUGCCAAUGCCCUGGAUGUGUCCAUGAUGAUGGUGUGGCGGGCACUCCUGCACUGUGUCCUCAAGAUGAUGGUGUGUCCGUUGAUUGUGUACGUCACACUGGUGCUCUACCAGCAUAGAGCCCAUCCGGACAUGGAAUGGACCAUCAUAGCCUCCGUCCGAACCAUGAUGCCUCUGAUAAUAUCGAAUCAAGUGAACAAUUGCUUCUUUGGUGGAUUGGUGAUUGCCAACCUAAUAGUUGCCGCCAUCAAUAAGCGGAUACGCUGCAUUGUCAGGGAGGCCAACAUGCUGCAGACACCAGUGCAGAUGGAAAUGCAGAAGCCCUUCUACCGCAUGCAACGCUUCUGCGAGCUGGCCGACAGUCUGGAUGAGCUGGCCCUCAAGUAUGUCGUGACUGCGUCCUGCUCCAAGGGAUAUCUGCGCUUCACCGACUGGUCCAUGAUCGUAUCGAUGGUCAUGAAUCUGAUUGGCAUCACUAUGGGAUUUUACAAUCAAUAUCUGGCCAUUGCCGACUACUACAUCAAUGAGGAGGAGCCCUAUGAUCUGUAUCAAGCCAUUGUCCAGUUGGUGUUCCUUUCGGUGCCGUUCAUGGAACUCAUCCUGGUCUCUCGUAUCAGCAGUCAAAUGCUGCAGGAGACCAAGAAAACUGGAGAUCUCUUGCAGCGCAUCGAUCUGCAGCAUGCUGAUGUUCGUUUCAAGCAAGUUGUCAACUCCUUUUGGCUGCAGGUGUCCACAUUCGACUAUAAACUUAUGCCACUGGGACUCCUGGAGCUGAACAGCUCGUUGGUCAACACCGUUUUCUCGGCAGUCACUGGAUUUCUGUUAAUUCUGAUACAGAGUGAUCUCACGUUGAGGUUUUCGCUCAAGUAAAAAUAAUA